AUGGACGAGCUCAAAGACCAGCACAAUCCACAUGCGCCAAAUGGAUUUAGUAUGCAAGACACGCCGCCACGAGCUGACGUGGAUGAGAUCUUGAGACGGAAGCGGAAAGCGAGAGAAUACAAGGCUUGUUAUCCGUGUCGACAACGCAAGGUCAAAUGCGACCAAAACGUGCCAUGCAAGACGUGUGUUGUUCGCGAACAUCCUGAACUAUGUACCUACCACCCGCCCAGCGAGUCGCACCCGCCUGCGAAACGGAUAAACCUCGCCGUCGGACAGAGCAACGGACAUGAUUUUUCCAACGGCCUGGUUCAUAUACAUGGCGGUACCGUCACACUGCCACGAGAGGAUUGGGAGCGCAUUUGCGGCAAACUGCAGCAGGCUGAGAAGUCGCUCAACGACCUGAAGAAUGCCGUAGGCAGUGUCGCAGAAAUACCGCCACCAGUGAAUGGCUUCUCUCCGGGAGAUGGAUCCGGAAACACACCCUUAGCUGCUGCCGCGCCCAUGGAUGGCGAACAAAGCCACGUUCGAACGCAAGGGAUACACACGCGCAACGACAUCACUGGCCAAACAAUACACAUCGGGCCCAGCUCAGUCCCGGCUCUCGUCAUGGCUUUGGGAAGGGGGGACACGCAAUGGGCGCCGGGAGUGCAGGAUUUGUUAGGCAAGAAAAGCAUGCUGCCAAUAUUUGGGCUGGACAAUGAGAGCGCUACAUAUCCGUUUGUCGAUUUAUGGGGGCUGCCUCACGGAUCGAUACUACGCGCUCAAGAGCUAGCCAACGCCUUACCGAGCGACUCUGAAUGUCUGGGUUUCUUCCGGAGUUAUCGCGAAACCGCACACGUAGUCUAUCCCGCCGUGGCCGAUAUUGAAGCCAUCGAAUCCGAUCUCUUACUCUUCUUGAUCAACCGCGCAAGUUCACAGGGUAACAACGGCGUAACCGACCAGCAGAUCCACGGCAAAGACUUCCACUGGAUCGGUCUUGUUUUUGCGAUAUUGGCAUCAGGAUGUCAAUGUUCCAGCCUUACAAGGAGAGAACGGGAGCUGACCUCGCAGGUCUAUGUGUGCUGCAGCUUCGAGUGCUUACGCUUCACCAACUUUCUGUCACAUGCGAACAUCGAAAACAUACAAACCCUCCUUAUCCUUGGAAACGUCAUCUCGAACAACAUGAACGCUGGGGUCGCUUGGAGCCUGAUGGGCUUGACUGUUCGCCUUUCCCAGACACUAGGAUUACACCGACAAUGCCCACCAUCAACGCCAGUGCAACAGAAGGUCAUUCGGAGCAAGGUGUGGUGGGCACUACUUUGGCAAGACUCGCUACUUUCAGUCUCAUACGACAGGGCUUCGUCAACCACUACCAUCGACCACACGGUACCAAUGAGCCAGCACACGGCACCAGGAACAAGAACAUAUGUCGAGAGCAUGUAUCGCUUGUGCAAAGUAGGUCUUGAUAUUGUGCGUGAGCGUCAACGACCACAAAACUCGCACGAUGCUUUGAUGAGGAUCACCGAGCACCGGAACGAGCUUCAAGAAAUCAUGAUAGACGCAGCAGACUAUCUGAAAGAUUCGAGAAGAUGCCGGUCUAUGCGAGAUCAACUGGAGCACUGGGCAUUGUAUCUCCACAUUUCAUAUGUCACCUCGGAGCUGUGUCGACCAGCCAUCAGUCCAGCCACAGCCAAUUUUGACCUUUCGAAGACACUGCGCAAGACAUGCAUCGACAGUCUGACCAAUACUGUUGAGGCGUUUCUCGGCCUCCAAAACAUGACGCCCUUUGCAACACGAUCGUGGUCUGCUGUGCACCGCUCUCUCAGCUCAGCCCUUUUGCUUGGAAUUCUCGGUGAGCAUAAUCGCAAUGAACGCGCACGAGGUCUUUUGCAGAACGUGAUACAAGUCCUCACGGAUGUUACCAAGGAUGUCGACCCUGCUGAGCUCGCGACGCCUAUUACAAGAUCUGUCUCGGCGCUUGAGCGGCUGCUCAGUAUCACAUCAACGCACACACGCAAGACCAGCGAGACUGGCUCGCAAGCAUCACCCACCAUGCACGUCUUUACGGCGCAAGACAUCAACAACGCACUUAGUAACGACAAUGAAAACAUGUUUUCCCAGUCUCCACUGCUCGGUUUGGAGCUGGACUCUUCUCCAUAUGCUCUCAUGGAGAGCAUCGUAUGGGGCGCGCAAAAGUCGCCGUGA